AGUUUCCUAACCUUAAUAUAUAGCUUACGCAACUAAAAUGCAUGACAUCUGUUAGACUGUUACCAUUCUCUGCCCUCCAAAAUUUCCAAAGCUUUGCAACUUCUAUUUAUACUUGUUCUUUUUGUACCUUGUUUAGAUUCUCUUUAGCUCAUAUUUUUCUUUCUUUGCCCCAUGUGCUAAUCAAAACAAUACAAACCUCGAUCAGUUCAUGAUUCGUGUACACAAAAGCCUUUUCCAACCACAGAUUGAUUCUUCUUCCUUUCUUUAGAUAGGGACAAUUCAAAGAGAGAGAGAGCAUGAAAAUUGUUAAGGAAUGGUUCAAGUGGUCGCAGACUGUGCUUAGCAUGCUUUUAGUGCAAGUUUUUGCAACCGGGAUGCAGAUUCUAUCGAGGGUUAUACUGGUUGAGGGCACUUUCAUUUUUGCACUCAUUGCAUACCGUCAUGCUGUUGCUGCUAUUUGUGUUGCUCCUUUUGCUUUCUACUUUGAAAGAGACGGCGCGAAGAAGUUGAGGUGGUCGAUUUGGUUUUGGCUCUUCCUAAACGCCUUGGUGGGGAUAACAAUGGCCAUGGGAUUGUUCUAUUAUGGUCUGCGAGACACAUCAGCUACCUACUCAGUGAAUUUUCUCAGCUUGGUUCCUAUUUUCACUUACAUUAUCUCUAUUGUAUGCAGAAUGGAGAGGUUGAGGUUUCAAACAUGGACGAGUAAAGUGAAGACAAUGGGGGCAGUUUUGUGUGUUGGGGGAGCAUUAACAACUAGUCUAUACAAGGGGAAGGAAUUCUAUAUUGGUCAAAGUAGUCAUCAGACUCACAGUACAGUUGAGGCAUCAAAAACCAACAUGCUUCGUGGCACUCUCUUUUUGCUUGGAAGCUGCUUGUCAUACACAGCUUGGUUCAUUGUGCAACAGGUUAAGUUGCUUGAAAUAUUUCCGUUCAAAUAUUGGGGAACAAUGCUCACGUGCAUUAUAGCAUCAAUUCAAGCAACCAUAGUAGGAAUAUGCUUAGAUGGCAGAAAGGUUACUUGGAGUUUAAAGUGGAAUCUACAACUAGUGACUAUAAUUUACUCGGGAGCAUUGGCUACCGCUGCUACAUUUUGCUUAAUUUAUUGGGCAAUUGCCAUCAAAGGACCAACUUAUCCCACGAUGUUCAAUCCAUUGGCUCUUCUUUUUGUGGCAAUAUCAGAAGCUCUCUUACUGGGUGAACCAAUCAGUCUUGGAAUUUUGCUGGGCAUGUUUUUGAUCCUAAUAGGAUUGUACUCAUUUUUGUGGGGCAAAGGGAAGGAGACGCAAUGUAUGCUUCAAGCAUCUGGAGAAGUUUCAACAACUAUGGCAGCUGAGUCUGCUGGAGUGCACUCCACAGCCACAGUGGUACCAAGUUUUUCACCUAGGCAUGCAGUUCUUAGAGUUGAAAAGAAUGACAGAAACUGAAAAGUAAAAAUGAAAUACUACUCCUGAAGGCAAUAAUUAGUUUUUAUCUCAGAAUUCUUGCCUUGAUAUUUAAGAUUAAAUGCUUCCAUGAAACAUAUAUUACCAUUCUCAAUGGAUAGGUCACAGAUGCAAAAUCUUGAUUAAGCAAUUUUUGUAAAAAAAAAAUAGGGUUAUUGAAACAAAUAUUGUAAAAUAGGAGCGAAUAUAUAUGAUAGAGAAUUGAUGGCUUAAUAAAAAUAUAGGAUGCCUUCUUAUUCUUCAUCGUUAUCAUGUAAUUGACUAAUUGACUAUUUCAUCAGUUACGAAAAGUAGCUGGAAGAUAAUUCA